GUGAUGGCGUCAUCAGCGCCGGGAGUGGGGGGGGCGGGCAGGCCGGUCGCGCUCCCGGAGCGGGUGCGGGCGGUUCCUCGGCGGAGAUGGAGCAGCGGCUGGCCGAGCUGGUGGAGGAGCUCACCACGGCGGGGGAGCCGCAGCUGGAGCCGGGCAAGAUGAAGGAGCUGAAAAAAAUCUGCAGAUCGUCGGAGGAGCACCUGAGCCACGCCUACCACCUGCUGCUGACCAGGCUCCGCGAGGAGCACGCCGAGAUGCGCUUCUCCGCUUUCCAGAUCGUGCAGGAGCUCUUCUCCCGCUCCCACUGCUUCCGCACGCUGCUCGUGUCCAACUUCCAGGAGUUCCUGGAGCUCACGGUGGGGACGGACCACGAGCAGCCCCUUCCCCCGCCCCGGGAGGUGGCCCAGAAGCUGAGGAAAGCGGCCAUCGGGGCAGUGCAGGGCUGGCACGAGAAGUACGGGGAGGCCUACAAGAAGCUGGCGCUGGGAUACCACUAUUUAAAGCAGAACAAGAAGGUGGAUUUUCAAGACGUGCACGCGAGAACAGUGGCUGAAAGGAAGAGGGAAGAGGAGAAGCAAAAACGACUGGACAACGUUUACAAAGAAAAAGCCAAAAGAGCUGAAAAAGAAAUGGCAGAACUGUCCCAAGAGGUUGCUGAAACGCUGACAGAGAUGGAGAACUGUUUCCGGCUGCUGCUGCCAGAUCCUUUUGACUUCACUGUGAACUGCACAGGACUGGAACCCCAUGAACAAACGACUGCUAGUGAGGAUAGAUCCGCGUCCUCCUUGUCCUCAUACGUGGGAUGUGUGGAUGAUGAACAGCCAUGCUGCAGCAAGGACAUUCUUCCUGUUCCUCAGUGUGUUAGAACUGAUCAAAACGAAGAGUUAGGUGACAAACAGAAGAAGCCUGAGCAAAAUGUGUUAGAUGAAGACACGUGCUCAGAAGUUGAAUCUGGUGUUCCUGUUCUCAGAGAUGAUGAUUAUGAAACCUUUGUCAGGAAUCAUGGACUGAUUUCUCAUAAAUAUACUCUAGACCUUGAACUAUCCACAGAUAUCAAAGUGCACGAGAACGAAGACAAUACUGCUGUAAUAAACAGCGUCGUGGAUGCUCACAAACUCGUCAGAAAUAAGUUCUUGCCUUCCGUGCAGUCCUGGAUUCAGUUAUUUACCCGAGCAGGAAUAAACGACGAUCGGUUGAGAUGUGCCAUUGAUCUAAAGAAUAAACUGGAGGCUGCUCUGAAGAAAUACAAGGAAAUGAACAUUUCCUUUAAAGAGAGAAAAGGAAAAGUGAUGAAAGCCUCAGAUGAUGAUGACGAUGAUGAAGAUGAGUUUGUGGAGGUCCCCGAGAAGGAAGGUUAUGAGCCCCACAUUCCAGACCACCUGCGUAAGGAAUAUGGCCUUGAGCCCAAGUCACCCCCAAAAGCACCAGCAAGGAAGGCCCCUGAGGGACCAGCUCCACUCAGCUCCUGUGCUCGGCUGAGAGGGAAUGAAGAUGAACUUGAUCCAACCUGUGCAGCUGCAACACUGAAGCUUAUCAGAGACAAACUACCAAAGUUAACGCCUCCGCAGGCCAGUGAGUCUGCAGCUACUGAACCAGCAGCUUUGGAAGAGCCUGACAGUAAGAGAAGAAAACUAGAAGAGGAAAGAGCUAAAGCUCCCUUCAUGCCUUUUGGGUUAGAUCUUCACUACUGGGGACAAGAUCAGCCAAGUGCUGGGAAGAUUCUCAAGUUUACUUCUGAGCAUCGAUUUUGGGCACCCAGUGAAGUAGAGGAAGAGGUAGAAAAUAAAGAAAUAACUGAAAUGUUAAAAACCAGAUAUAUAACAUUUGCUGGCAAGUUUGAACCAGUGAAGCAUAAAUGUCGAGCACCAAUGCCCGAUGGAAGUCUGUGCGAAAGACAAGAUCGAAUUAAGUGCCCUUUCCAUGGAAAGAUAAUUCCUCGAGAUGAGUGUGGGAUUCCUAUUAAUGCAGAGGACAGAGCCAGAGAAGAAAAGAUGCGCUUUGAGAAGCAAGCAACUCAGCCAGAGUGGCGAGAUCCAGAAUUCAUGCGAGAAGUCGAAGCAGCCACAGGAGUGGAUCUUGGUUCCUCUAAAAAUAAUGGGAAAGGAGGAAAAAAGAAAGGGAAGAAGAAAUACCCAAAUCUGACAGACCUGAAGCAGCAGGCUAACACUUCUCGUUCCCGGCUGGAGAAGAUAGUCUUCAAUAAAGGUGCUGUGAAACGAGUGGUGAAAGCAAUGAAUCAGAUGGACCAAAGAAAGCAUGAGAAGUUUGCCAACCAGUUUAACUACGCACUGAAUUAAGAUGUAACGAAAUGCAAAGAAGACUAACAGGAGUGCAACUGCAGAAAGCCUUUAGCAUGAGCCUCCGUGUUUAAAAUACUGUGCUGUGUGCAUUUUUACUGGGAUUACUUUUUAAAAUGUUCUUAACUUCUAAUUUAUUUUACAAUUAACAUGAAUUUUGGCAAAGAUGUGGUAGUAUAUAAUGGACUUAAUGCACUUAAUGAUAAGUAUUGAAAAUUUACCUGAAAUAGAACUUAAUUUGUGACUUGUACAUACUCUGAGUAAAAUGUUCAGGGCUUUUUUGCCUUCCUAAGGGACCAAUAUCAUUUAUACAUUGUUUGCCAGCACAAUUGUGCUUUGCCUGGACUUUCAUACCUUCAGAAGGAUGCCUUAGAAACAAUUUGAUUUUCCCUUGAGGUGACAACACACAGGCUAUUUGCUCAGCCUGAUAUUCUAGAAAGACUUCUACAUCAAGCAGCCCACUAGCUCCUGCAGCACCUCUGAAAGCUUCUUGCAUAUGUACUGGAAAAAGCCAAAUCCAUUCAUGAUCAGAAGACACUGAUUGAAUCAAGUUUCAUUUCAGCAGGUUCAAAAACUGAUUCAAACUCAGUAGCUGUGGCACCUGUGGAGAAGCUGAAAUUAAGUUGUUCCUGGUCUCCUCCUUGUCUUCCCAAGAUGGUCUCCCACUAUCUUUCAGAAAUGAGUUUGGAAAGUAUGUUAUGAAAAGUUGUGGAGAUACUUAAAAUGUGCUGGAGUUUAAGUGAUACCAAAAAAGCUGCAUUACAAAGAGGUUUAAGAAAAUUACUCAGGUGACACACUGCAUAAGUGAACAGCCUGGCUUCAAUCAGUUAAAAAUCAGUUGAAGUAACAUCAGUCUCAAUCCCAGAAGUGCAUGUAGGGACCUAAAUACACACACAAACACCUGAAUUCUUCUAAUGCUGGAGGUUUAAGUCAUUGGAUCCAGAUGGUUGGUAUCUGUGUGGCUUGUUAUUGAUAGAGUGCUUAGCCCAAUCUCUCAUAACUGCUUUAUAACUGCUUUGCUGGCUCUCUUCACCUCAGAAGUAGAAUGGAGUGAACACUGACUAGUUCUGCUCUUGUGGGCUUUCAGACAGCCUUAACAAUGAAGGAAAUCGGGAGUAUCAAGGAAGAUAGUGUUUGAAACUCAAUUUCAGAAUGAAAGUAGAAGUCUUCAGUAAAACACAGAACACAAAUUAGAAUGGAUUCUCUACAGUACCAGGUUAGUUACUCACCUGCUUGAGAUAUUUCCUUGUGCAGCAAGAGAUGCUCUAAGAAUUUAAAAUGAAAUCCUCUGUGCAGCUUUUGACCACCUCAGACAAGAGCUAGUUUACAGCUCUGCCACGUACCUCUUGACUUGCACAAGUACUGCUAAGAACGCAAGCAAUGAUAAUUUAAUCUUCCAGAUCUUUGCAGUUUGGAAGACUUUUUCCUCUCCAACAUGUAUUUAGAAGCAUACUUCUACACUAUGACAAAUAAUACAUAGCCAGCAGCUGUUUAAGCAAGAAUUUCUUAGUUAUUUAUUGCACGGGAAGUCAAAGCUGUGUCUGCUAGCAAUCUAACUAACAGUGAAGGCUGCAGGUGAAAGCAUAGACUAGGACAGACCCCACUCACUGCCAGAUCAGUUGAAUCAACUGAUUUUAUUUAUUAGCAAAGAUAAAGACAAAGAAAAAGCAACAAUAGAGCUCAUGUACUUGAAUGCAGUAUAGCUCACUGGACACUGAUACUACAAAACAGUCCAAAUCAAAGUGCUUGAUCUUGGAGAUAUUAAUAUUUAUGAGAGCCACGGUAGUUAUUGUUCUACUGUUCCAGAGACUUUUGAGCCUGCACAGACUGAAGGUCUUCAUUUGUAAGGUAUGUUUUUACUGAUCUCUGUAAAAAAGGGGAGAAAUUUCUAUUGUACAGUGACACUUAACCUUUUGACAUGAAGUAUCAGCGCAAGCAAACUUCUGGCAAACAGUAGGCAUACUUCAUUGCACCUCACGGAGUUUCAAUUUUGAGUCUACAGUAAAAUAAAAAAUCCCCCAUGACCUAGAUUAGAAAAGGGAAUUGUUUAAAGCUGUGAGAAAAUAACGUGCCAAGCAAAUUGUACUCCUUUGUGAUGCUUCUUAAGAGUCAUAAGUUCUAGAAUUAUCAACUGAAACUUCUUUAUUCUUGUUUUGAUGCAAGAACUUUGCUCAUCAGGUAGGGACAAAGAUAUAUAUGUAUAUACACCCAGUUGGGUAUGAAUUGUUUAUGUUUUGGCCUUGAAGCAAGACAGACCAUUGGCUAUUCAGUGCACAUUAAGCAUACAUCCUCCCUAACUCUAUGUUAGCCUGACCUUUUACCAGUAAGGUUCUUCCCUUUAUCCAUAGUGUUUGAAGAAACAUAUGCUUCCCCUCCCGUGUUAAUUAUUACCUCAUUUUCUCAAAGGUUUUGCCAAGUUCCACUUUUAGGAAUAUACAUACAACAGAUUUUGAAAUAUUUUGCCUCUGUAAACAUUCUCAUUACAACUGGUCAGGCAUAAUUCAGCAACAUUUAUCAGCUUUCUCCUUUUUCUGGGUUCAUCUGUGGCUCUGGUGGAGAAAAGAAUUAAAGACAUCUAUCACCAGUGAUCCAGCACAAUUUCAUUAAACAGAAAUCCUUUUAUGGAUAUAUACCAUUCACAAUCUCUACUGUAUAUUUUUGUCACUCAAAUGCCUAUGCAACUGUACCAUAACAUACUCCUACUUAGUGGAGAUACUGCAUCUGAUUUUCAGGUACCUAAACACCUUGUAUGAUUUGGUCCUUGAUCUGCAUUGUUUAGCUGUAAUACAGGUUGAAUUUUCUGUGUUCCUAGAAGGACAUGGUAGCCCUGAGUUGGAGUGAGCUGUACUGAUACAUCAAAGGCAUCCUCUUAUAAAGAGUGAUGUUUCAGUGCUGAAGUAAGAAUAGAAAACAAGGACUUCUCCACACUUACUCUUACUAGAGCAUGAUUGCAACUGGCAAGUAAAAACUCAAAAGGAAGAAACUGUGGUGCAUAUAAAUUCGGUGCUGAUGAAGGUUGGAAUUAAGGGUCAAGCCCUCUAAUAGAAAGCACAGUGGCAAAGACAAGUUUGGUAUGAAGUUUUGAGCAGAAUAAGAGCACAUCCCUCUAAAAUUGCUGAUAGAAAAUGAUGGGUCCACACUCCUCUCUUAAAUGAUAACUUGCAGUUUUAUUGUCUGAACUUACUUUAGGCUUGGCUGAAAAUUUCUAUUAGAAAAGUGUAACCCUUAAGUGCUCUUAAAAAUGUAUUAAAUAAGAAAAACACGGGAUUUGGUUCUGCAUGGACAAUACAUCAUACUGAUUGUGUAAAACAA